AUGGAAUCUGUGACAUUGAAUAGCGAUCAAAACUCAGGUUGCCAGGUGGGGGUCAACAAUGGGGUGAUGAAUUUCACAUCCAAACAACCAGAGCCUCGCCCAGAGCCACUGUGGAUUGUGCCGUUCCAGCAUGACCCGGACUUUGUUCCCCGCGAGGAAAUCCUUAAGACAAUCCACGAGAAAUCGUCAGUUCCGGGGUCUAGGAUAGUUCUUGUGGGUAUCGGCGGUGUGGGAAAAACUCGGCUUGCCAUCGAAUACUGCCACCAGGUCCGAGAGGAAUCCUCCGACACCUGGGUCUUCUGGGUUCAUGCGAGCACUGCGGCACGCUGCGAGCAAAGCCUCCGGAACCUGGCCGACCGCGCCAAGGUGCCUGGACACGAGGAUCAGAACGUUAAUAUAUUCCAACUUGUCGGGAACUGGUUGCAAGAUGGAAAUAUCGGAAAAUGGAUCCUUGUCCUGGAUAAUGUAGAUGAUGACGAGCUCCUUCGCACACCACUUACAACUCGUACGGACGCCCGAGCGAACGCCCGGAGCCACGUUUCGACGCAGCCACCGUUGAAGUACCUCCUUGAAGCCUCAAAUGGCUUUAUCAUUAUUACGAGCCGGAACAAAGCAGUAGCAUCGGAGAUCGUUGGCCCUAAGAAGCAUCUGAUCGAUGUCCAACCAAUGGAUACGGCCGAGGCGUUAGAUCUAAUGCAGCACAAGCUGGACUCAGAUGCAGACAGAUCGGAUUUGGUUCAGCUUGUGGAGGAACUUGAGUUUAUGCCGCUGGCACUAGUGCAAGCGGCUAGCUAUAUCGCACACAGUUCACCCCGUUGCUCGGUGUCGCAGUACCUCGAAAAGCUUCGGCAGAGUGAUCGUCAGGCUACGGAGCUUCUGAAUUUUGAGGCAUUUCAUACUGAACGAGACUGGGAGGCAAAGGACUCAAUAAUAUUAACAUGGCAAAUAUCCUUUGACCAUAUUCGACGAAUAAGGCCGUCUGCAGCCGACUUACUGUCUCUUAUGAGCUUUUUCGAUUCACAGGGAAUCCCAGAGGAUCUUCUACGGAAUCGGGGGCUGGAAAGAAACCACGACACCUUAGUUUCUUCGGGGAAAGUUACGAAUAGCUUAGGUGAAGAGGAUAGCGAUACUUCGUCUGAAUCCGACUUAGGAGACAGUUUCGAGAGUGAUAUUGCAACCCUCAGAGACUAUUCAUUUAUCUCUAUAAGUGAAAAUAGCAUGGUGCUCACGAUGCAUCGGCUAGUGCAGCUCACAGUACGCACAUGGUUCAAAACACACGGCCAGGCCGAAGAGUGGAAAAAGCAAUUCAUUUACAAUCUUUAUAAUGGAUUCCCGACAGCUGAAUAUGAAAAUUGGGAGAGAUGCCGGACACUUUUUCCACAUGUAAAAUCAGCUAUGUCACAUCGACCGAAGUCGCAAGACUGUCUCCAAAGCUGGGCUGAUUUACUUUACAUGGCAGCGUGGUAUGCGCACCAAUGUGGCAAUAUCCUUGAUUCGCGGGAAAUGGCAUCUGUGUCGAGAGAGCAGAGAAUAAAGAUAUUAGGGUUGGAAGAUGAAGACACACUCCAUAGCACGACAAUGCUAGCAAUGACUUACCGACUUGAGGGGGCCUGGAGAGAGGCGGAGCAUCUCCAUGUGCAGGUCAUGGAGACUCUCAAGGCGAAGCUCGGGGCCGACCAUCCGGAUACGCUGACGAGUAUGGCCAGUCUAGCGCCGACGUAUAUAGAGCAGGGCCGGUGGGAAGAGGCGGAGCAGCUCCUGGUACAGGUUAUAGAGGCUCGCAAGACGAAGCUCGGGGCCGACCAUCCGGAUACGCUGGCGAGUAUGGCCAAUCUAGCGUCGACGUAUGUGGAGCAGGGCCGGUGGAAAGAGGCGGAGCAGCUCUUCGUGCAGGUUAUGGAGACUCGCAAGACGAAGCUUGGGGCCGACCAUCCGGAUACGCUGGCGAGUAUGGCCAGUCUAGCGCCGACGUAUGUGGAGCAGGGCCGGUUAGAAGAGGCGGAGAAGCUCCUGGUACAGGUUAUAGAGACUCGCAAGACGACGCUCGGGGCCAACCAUCUAGAUACGCUGAUGAGUAUGGCCGAUCUAGCUUCGACGUAUACGAGGCAGGGCCGGUGGGAAGAGGCGGAGCAGCUCCAGGUACAGGUUAUAGAAACUCGCAAGACGAAGCUUGGGAUCGACCAUCCGGACACGCUGAGCAGUAUAAACGACCUAGCAUCGACGUAUAUAAAGCAGGGUCGGUGGAAAGGCGCUGAGCAGCUCAGCCUGCAGGUUAUAGAGACAAGCAAGAUGAAGCUCGAGGCCGACCAUCCGGAUACGCUGGCGAGUAUAGCCAAUCUAGCGUCGACGUAUGUGGAGCAGGGCCGGUGGAAAGAGGCGGAGCAGCUCGACGUGCAGGUUAUGGAGACUCGCAAGACGAAGCUCGGGGCCGACCAUCCGGAUACGCUGACGAGUAUAGCUAAUCUAGCUUCAACGAUCUGGAAGCAGGGCCGAUGGAAAGAGGCAGAGCAGCUCCUCGUGCAGGUUAUAGAGGCUCGCAAGACGAAACUCGGGGCCGACCAUCCGGAUACGCUGGCGAGUAUGGCCAAUCUAGGGUCGACGUAUGUGGAGCAGGACCGGUGUGAAGAGGCGGAGCAGCUCUUCGUGCUGGUUAUGGAGACGAGCAAAACGAAGCUCGGGGCCGACCAUCCGGAUACGCUGACGAUUACAGCUAAUCUAGCGUCGACGUAUAGGAAGCAAGGCCGGUUAGAAGAGGCGGAGCAGCUCCAGGUGCAGGUUAUGGAGAUGAGAAAAACGAAGCUCGGGGAUAACCAUCCGGACACGCUGGCGAGUAUGAAUAACCUAGCUCAUACCAUUUGGUCAGCAGGUCAAGACCAAGCCGCUCUACUCUUGAUGGCCGAAUGUGCUCGAAUGUCCGAGCAAAAGCUAGGCCCUGAUCACCCGCACACCACAUAUUCAAAGUCUACUUUGGAAAAAUGGUCUGACAGGAAUUUUUCUACAUCUUCAUCUCCCCAGCCCACAGAAGCGGAGACGGAAAGCAAAAGUGUGCAGGAAAUAGGUCGUUUCUAG